AUCGAAUAAAUGCAAUUGAACAACGGCAUAAAGCUUUGGAAUUGUUUCUUCAAGAUUAUGUCACUAAUGUUGACUUCCUUUAUAGUAAUGAUGUUAACAGUAGAUUUUAUGAAUAUUCAAAGAUUAAAAAUGAUGAAAUACUAAAGGAUUAA